AUGUUUCAAUCCAGCCUCACUUUCAUCCGCACACACAAGAAAGGCCCGGUUUUCAAAUCCAGCAUUCACGAAACUCCCAUUUGGGCUAACAGCAUGACUCUUUCUCAGAAGAAUGCAAAAUGGCUAGCCAGCCUAUCGUUUGUGGCCAAUUUUUUCGCCCAGCUGUAUGGCAUGCUCGCCACCCCCAAUAUGAAGGACAUACAUGAUGCCAAUUUGUCUUUUUGGUCGCCACAGCCAAUUCUAGUAUUAAUAAUAUUUAUUCCACAACUUGUCCUUCAGUUGACCUGGCAGUUCCGUCUUUGGAAGAUAGAUUCACAAUUUGAUGCUGAUAAAUUUAUAGAGGUUGAGCAAAUGGUCGAUUACGUACCCUAUUAUGCUUUAGGAAAUCUAUGUAUUGCUAUAUGGAUGAUUUUUUGGAAGCAGGCUGAUCUAAAGACUGCAAACCUCUUUGUCAUGGUCAACUCUUUCACUCAGUUGUAUUACGUAUUUGGCCGUCUACCACCCAUGGAGGCUCAAUCUAUUUCCUCUAUUCUCACGUAUGCAGUGUCUACUACCCUGGCGGGAAUCGGUAUCUUGGACCUACUUCACAACGGUUCAGUGGCAUAUUUUGACCACCAAGGUCCAAAUCUUACCGUCAAGAUUUUAACGCUGGUUUUUUUCAUUGCACUAGUUUAUUUCAGCGAUUGGCUUUUAGGGGCGUGUUUAGUGUACGAUCUCGUAGCGCUCGCCAUUGGUCAAUGGGGCAUCGGUCAGAAGUCUUGGGGUAUGCUGUUGGGGGUAUAUGCCCUAGGGACAGCUUUUAUCGUAAUCCUGCAAAACUUUAUACGACCUUCUUACUUUAAGAAAACUACUAGUGGAUAUACCACUGUUCCCAAUAACGAAUCCGAUCUAGAGUAG